UUGAAAAAUAUUAAACUAUGAGUUUAAUUUGCUUAGAGUCUUCCUCAUCCCAGACAACUUCAGUCGAAAGUAAUCAAAAAAUAAUAUAUGAAUUUCAAGUUAAUCCUUUAGCUUGGACCCUGGCUUUUAACCUACUUGUACCAGAAAAGGCUAAAAAAUUGCAAUGUUUUGGGGCCUCCAUGUUAAAUAGUAAAAUAUGUCGCGAUUGGUAAAAAGUUUUAGUCAUUUAGUAGGACUAUGUUUAUUUUGCACACCUCUUUAAAGACUUUUGAUAAUUACUAGGAAACAGCUGCCAGAGAGCGACUAUAACCUUUUAAAACUUAAAAUUUUAGACUGUAUGAAACUGCUUAAGCAAUCAAAAGUCGUAAAAAGAAAUCUUAUAGUUGCUUUGAGCAAUUAUAUGCUUCGUACAGUCCCGUUUCUGUGGCAUAACUGCUUAGAAGAACUGCUUGACAUUUUUUCAGUCGAUGAGGAGUCAACUUGCGAUCUUUUAGAGCUGUUAACGAUUUUUCGAGAAGAUUUCAAUAAAAGAACCUUAACAAAAGAGCAGAGGAGUCAAAUCCACGGCUACUUCACGUUAAAGUUACCCUGGCUUUUUAAUUUCAUAAAAGAGGUUCUUGCAUCCACUUUUGGAGCAGAAGCAAAGAAAGAAGCUCUUCACUGUCUUGGCGCGUGGGCAAGUUUUUGUCCCAGCAGGCAUCUUGUCUAUGUUAAUUAUAUAAACAAUAUACUGCUAAUGCGUGUGUUCACCAGCGAUCUUCUGCUCCCAAUUAAUUGUUUACCUUACGCUUUUGAGUUUCUCUACGUCGAGGAUCUCUUACUACCUGCCGUCAACGCCAUUGAGACAGUUUUUAUACAACCUGACGUAGAAGACUACACUAGCGCUUUACUCGAACUUCUUCCGCUAUUGACACGCACCCGGACGCUCUAUUGCCUUUCCCUUGCCGACACCGAUAAGUGUCUCGCGUUUUGCCGUCUCCUUGUAGCAUUUGUGUGCUGCCCGCGUCUUAUGGUGAUCGCGUACACCCACGAAAGGAGUCGGGAAGUUGUGGUUCAGUUGCUUGACUAUAUGCUCCUGUGCACGGGUCAUCCCAUAAACAUUGCCCACGAGGAGGUGAGCCAGCACACACUGGAAGCCUGGUACGACCUGCUCGAAGCUUUCAGCCGCCUGCAGGACAUACCCCCACAAAUAUUCAGCGUUCUUUGCCGACUGCUGCAUGUAAUUGCUGGUAAAGUACAAUUGCCCGGUGACAGCGAACUUCUUUUAUGGAAGGAAGACGACCACGCUCAGUUUAAAAAGUGCCGAUCUUUCUUUGGUCAGACUGUCGGCUAUCUCUACUGCGCUCUUGGAAAACAUUCUUUGCGCGAAUUGACCAAUAUUUACCUAUCCGGGCUGGAGUCCAAUCAUUGGCAGCAAGUGCAUGGUGCUAUUUACUGCCUUCGUGCCUUAUCCGACUCGUGCGAGGCAACAUCGGAAACAGCGCUUGUCAUUGGCGAUUUCUUGUUGAGUCUCACUUCAGUUUUUGAACGCUUCAACGUUUACCUUCAGCAGGAGGCCCUUCUUGCCUGCGGUGCGUUCAGCGAGUGGCUUUUGACCCGUCCUGAGGUCAUAAGUAGCGUUGUUAAAUAUAUUAUCCUCUGCUUGAACAGCGAUGAGAUUCUCGCACGAUCCGCCUCGCUAGCCUUAAACAAUGUUGCAGAACAUUGCUCACCGCUGCUCGUCUCCUUACUUGAGUCGGUAAUCGAGCCGGUAAUGCACGCCCUUUACCAGCGGAAUCAUCCUCCUAGCAUGUUACGGUUGAUCGCCAGUGCCAUGGUCCACGUGCUUCACCACCUGGAACAACCCCGUGCAAAUGGUUUUCUGGUAGUCUUAGUCGGGCCCGCUAUAAGAUAUCUGAAGCUGGAUACUCAGCACGUGGAGCAAGUCAUGAUGAUGAAGAUGUUAAGCAUCAUUAAGGUCGUUUGCGAAAACUACCGCCCGCUGUUGACCUCGCAUGCGUCGGCCGAUAUCCCCUCCCACACUCUCUGCCAGGAGUUGAUUCCGCUUCUUGAAGGUUACUGGGGGAGUCGGUUGUCGUACGACCCUGAGUUUCUCGAGUGCAUUUGUGGAAUAGCGCAGGGACUCGUGGAAAGCAUGAGCACACAUUUCGCACCUUUUUUGCGCCGCUUAAUAUCGAGCUCGUUUAAGCGCUACAAGGAAUCGCCGUCUCACUUCAUAGUAAAGGUAUACUCUUGCAUUCUCCGGACUUUCAAGGACAAGCAGUACGAAAAAGAAAUGUCUGUUUUCUUUUGUGAACUUGCAGAAGUAACUUUUUAUGACUUCAAAAAAGACGCGCGAGUAGACCCUGAACUCACCGAGGCCUACUUGAGGCUCGUCACGGAGACAUUGCAAAAGGGAAAUGGUGACAUCGUCUAUAGCUCCAACGUGAGAGGGCACGUGUACGACCUUUGUCUGGUUAUUCUCCACUACCCCGAGACUAACCUGCUCAAGGCCUCCUGCGCAUGCCUCACUCAGUUGCUUAAAUAUGCGAGGAGCGGUCAGUACCAGCACGAGCAGUGUCCCAGAAUCGUGCCGGUGCUUCUCGAGUGUGUUACGGUGCGGGCGCCUAGGACGCUGAUGCACCACAUCGCAAAUCUCUUUCAUCAAUUGGAUCUGAAUACACUGCAAGGAUGCCUAAGAAGUGUACUCGCAGGCUUAACCCCAGCCCACGUGAAAAGGGGAGACGUGGAGAUGUUCGCUGCCAGUAUCUUAACUAAAAAGAAUUCCAAGGCGAGUUUAACAAAGCUCUUCUGCAACUACGCAGACCUAUGCAGGAGUGUUCCGUAGUGAACAUAAGCAAAUAAGACGGUA